CCGAACGCAGCACAUCGAACGCAAAGAUGCAGUUGGGAAAAGCUAUAAUCAUACUCAUUUUGCUGGCCAUCCAGCAAAGCUGCCUGGCACUCUACAUCAAGGGCGUGGAGAAGACUCCUGCCAAGAGCCAAGGACCCAAGGACGAUUGGGGCGUGUUCAAGAACACACUCGGACUAAGCCAAGAAAAAGUUGAACUGCUCAAAUCGCAAAAGGAUCAGCAGGGCACCAAGGAGCUGCUGAAUCGCUUCAUUCUGGAGAAUCCAAAGGCACUGCCCAAGGCCAAGCAGCAACCGGAUCAGUUCAUGGGCCUCUACAGAUCCAUCCUCAAGAAGCUGACGGCAUCCAAGCGCCUGCUGAAGACCUCGCUGAACUUUGAACUGGCCGACAGGCCGCACAAGACACUGAAAAGGCCGCGUCGCAAGAUAGCCGUGAAGAUGGUCUCCGAUAUGCCGUCGUGGAAGAUCGAGAGUCUGCUGAACUCGUUCUAUCUGAAGCACGGCAUUCCCCGCAAUGCCGAGGAGCACGAUUAUCCCGACCAGGACAUGGCCCGGGACACUGAUUACGACUCCGAUAACUUCUACGACGACGAGGGCGAUGUGGGCCUAACGGCCAAGACGCGACAGAACACCGAGUAUGGCUCGUUCCAGGACCUCAUUAUGCAGGCCAAGAUGAACGAGUGGGAGCGGGAGGAGGAGGAAACCAAGUUGCACGGCCCAGACAGUGAUGAUUACAUCUAAGUCCGUCUAGGGGUAUCCACGUUGAUGGUGGGCUGUGCAAUAGAGGUUCAUAUGCUGGCAUUGGACUUUUCUUUAGGCUAGAGUAGUUUGUAAUGCCACAAACGCGCUUUAAUUCAAACGAUUAGUGUUGUAUUUAUUAGCA